GCAGUUCUGGCACUGCCAAAAAUGCACAUCACAUGCAGGGAUCCGCCACCAGAUUGUCACUCGCUAACUGUCUUUCCGAUAGGGGGCUCUUUUCCUAUCAGACCGAGAGACGGCCAUUGCGUCUGGGUUUUCUCUCAUACAAUCCAUACUUUUCCAGGUUGUUUUUCCUUUCUUGGGUCGUCUUCUCUCACUCACCGAAGCUGAACGCGACGUUUAUUUUUUUCUUGUAUUUUAUUCCUAGGGUUGAUCUGGAGACUAGAUUUUCCUUCCAUUCUUCGUAUCAUAAAUGCUCCGCUAGUGUUCUAUGAUUUAAACUUUUUUCUUCCUCUUUUGCUUGUCUCUUUCUCGUCUCUCUCUUGCACUCGUUCUAUACAUAUUUGCUUUCAUAUCCUUUUCAUUUUCAUUCAUUUCAUUUCGUUUCUUUUUUAAAAGAGCGGAAUCAUUUCUAUUUAUAUCACCAAGG